GUCCUGCAGCUGCUUUAACGCAGAGCAAGGGCCUGGAAAGGUAGCCCCAGGCAGAAGCUGCAGUUCUCGGUGCUGGUAACACACACCAAAGCAGCGGUCCUGCAGGCGCCUCGGUUCUCUGUGGUCAAGCUGUCUCAGCUCGGUGGAAAGCCAACCGAUCAGUCCGUUGGGCCUGCUGGCAGGCCCAGAGGGCGUAUCCGAACAGGCAGCACACUGUCGAUAAGCCCCUCGGUGGAGCACGGGGCUCGGCAGCGGAGAAGCAGGGCAAGGUGCAACCAAGAGGACCCAUCUGGGCUCCCUGACCUGAUGCCUGCUCCCCACCUAUCUCUGAUCUACCACCACUACUGAAGCAGUCAGAGAAGGCUGCGAGCAACGCAAAGCACCGGGAGCUGUUGUACCGCAGGCCGCCCUGCCACACCGCCAAGCCUGCGUUCAGCCCCCGCCGAACGGCCCCACACGGGCACGCCGGGCCGCGGCACCCCCACCCGCGGGGCGCGGGAGCGACCUCACCAAGAUGGCAGCCGCCCCGCGGCGCGGCCCCUCACAAAGAUGGCGGCGGCGCGGACGUGGCGGUCCCGGGCGGCGGCGCGGGGCGGCAGUGUGCGCAUGCGUGGCCGCCGCCGGAGGGACCAUGGCCGGGAGGCGAGCGGGGCUGAGCGUGGCCCGGGAGGUGAGCGGCGCCCGGCUGUGGCGGGGCGCGGCCGGGCUCGAUUGAUGGACUGGAGGAGAAGCUGGCGCACUGCAGACAGAGCAUGGAGGAGGUGGAUCUUAAACUGCAAAGGGAGAAGCUCAGUGCUGAAGGAAGAGAAAGAACUGAGUGUGCUUCGUAAGGAGAACCGCCAGAACGCUGCCCUGGCUGUGGCCGUGGGGUUGCUGAUUGCUCUUAUUUACGCCUGCUGGACAAUGUGAUUGCACUCAGGAAUUCUCCCUGCUGGCCAAAUGACUCUUCUGCAAGGAGCUCUUCCUUCUCUCACCACCUUGCCUCCCCCAGGGAUGAGGGUCGGCAUUUCGAAUUGCUGCUCUUGCUUGGUUUCUGUAAGCCUUGUUGUAGGGAAGCUUUUGUGAUGGACAGGCAACAGAAAUCACACUUGGGGUUGGAAGCUGGGUCAAGCAGAGCAAGGUGGUGCUGUCUUACCCAAAACUCAGUGGUGACUAUCCAGCUGAUGCACGAAGGCAAUGCGUUUCCCCUUUUGAAGAGGCCUUCUGUGGUAGCAGACAAGUGCUCUCUGCCCAGCCAAGUCAGGCUACGUGACACCUUGCCUCCUGUGACUUGACCAGGAGCCGAAGGGACCGAGGCAGCUCUUGGAAUUAAAGGGUAACUUGGGACUUCAAGGCUCCACUUGUUUCCAAAGCUGAGCAGUCAGCCAGCACUGCUGGCUCCACAAAAACAGGUGGGAGGUGCGUGUCUCUUGUCCUACUAGCAGGUACCAUUUCACUUGAGAGCUGAGUCCUUGGACUUUGAGAAAAUCUACCCAACUCUCCUGUGCAUCAGAGCUUAGUAGCUGUUUUGUGGGUCUGAGAAUCAACACUUGCAGAAGAGAAUUUCCUGUCAGCUCCCAAGAAUGGAAGUGCCCCUGCAGGGCUUGAAAUAAAAUAAGUUGACCUUGUAAA